AUGGACGCCAAACUUGUAUACCUUGCGGUAGCCAUUGCUGCAUACGCGAAGUGGAGAUUGAUCACGCUCGUCCUGAGGCCGACCUCUAGUCUACGCCACUUACCCGGCCCGACAUCUCGCAGCUGGCUUCUCGGAAACCUCAGGCAGCUCCAUGCAUCGUCAAAAUGGCUGGAACACUAUGGCGACACGUUCAAAUUCAAAGGCUUGCUCAAUGCUGAUGCACUCUGCACGGUCGACACGAGAGCGUUGCAUCAUAUACUGAACAACACUACUACUUACCAUAGACCAGAACUCGCUCGCUUAGGUAUUUCAGAAUUCGUCGGUGAAGGCUUGUUACUGGCUGAAGGCGAACGUCAUCGACAACAGAAUCCUGCCUUCGGCCCUGCUCACGUCAGAGAGUUGACGGGAAUAUUCGUGCAGAAAGCAAACGAGAUAAGUGUUGCAAGAGAUAGAGAGAUGGCACCCAUCGACGUCUUAGACGGACUGUCCAAGGCGACCUUAGACGUCAUAGGACUCGCCGGGUUCAACUAUGAUUUUGACUCCCUCAGCUUGGAUGGACAGAAGAACGAACUCAACGAGGCGUUUAGCGUCAUUUUCGGUUACGGUUCUUCCAGUGCUUCCUUCUUCAAACUCCUUCGGGUUCUGUUCCCCCCGCUGCGAUACUUGCCGAUGCCAGAGACGAAGGAAGUCCGAAAGGCUCACAGCAUCAUGCGUAGAAUAUCCACGCGCCUUGUACAUGAGAAGAAAGAUGCAGCGACACACAAGCAAGGCGAAGUUCAUCAACGCGAUCUGCUCACGCUCCUCAUCGAGGCCAAUAUAGACCUCAACCUUCCGGAGAGCCAAAGGAUGUCUGACGAAGAUGUCAUAGCGCGUGAUUUUCUGGUUGCGGGUCAUGAGACCACGAGCAGCGCAACCGCCUGGGCACUCUACGCUCUCAGCAUUGAGCCCGACAUGCAAAGGAGGCUACGCGAGGAAUGCCUCGCUCUGGCGACCGACGAUCCGACUAUGGACGAACUCAACGAGCUCCCGUACCUCGAAGCUGUUGUUCGCGAAACACUCCGUCUCCACCCGCCACUGAACAACACUGUGAGGGAGACAGUCAAGGAUGAUAUCAUUCCGCUCAGCAAACCGUACGUCGACGUGCGCGGGAAGGUUCACGACCAUGUGAAAAUUGAUAAGGGAACCAUGGUCCAGAUCCCGAUAAUGGCCGUGAAUCGCUCAAAGGCCAUAUGGGGAGAAGAUGCCCUGGAAUUCAAGCCAGAGCGUUGGGACAAGGUGCCUGAAACAGCCCAGCGAGUUCCCGGGACGUGGGCGAACAUGAUGACCUUCCUCGGAGGUCCGCGAUCCUGCAUAGGCUAUCGUUUCUCUCUCGUGGAGAUGAAAGCGCUGAUCUUCACCCUCAUCCGCGCUUUCGAAUUCGAGCUGGCCGUUCCCAAAGAGGACGUGACGAGGCAGAAUGCGUCCGUUCAGCGGCCGAUCCUUCGCAGUGCUAUGGACAAAGGCAGCCAGCUCCCGAUGCUGUUGAAACCCUACCAAAGGACCAGACAUAUUUUAUUAGAGGAUAGUCAUUACAUUCAGUGA